AAGAACACCAUCAUGAACGGAGUACUGCAGAACACGGAGAACACCACCAAAGAAGCCGAGCCCGACUGCCUAGAGACCAAAGAACUGACCAGCUCGGGCACAAAACCGGGCAAGUCCAAAAUGAGGCGGCAGGAGGGCAUUUCCAGGUUUUACAUCAUCCAGGUGGUGUUCAGAAACGCGCUGGAAAUUGGCUUUCUGGUGGGCCAGUAUUUCUUGUACGGAUUCAACGUGCCCGCCGUGUACGAGUGUGAUCGAUACCCGUGCAUCAAAGAGGUGGAGUGUUACGUGUCCAGACCCACGGAGAAAACCGUGUUCCUCGUCUUCAUGUUCGCGGUCAGUGGCUUUUGCGUGGUCCUCAAUCUGGCCGAGCUCAAUC